AUGGCCAGCAAAAAGCGAGAGGUCCAGUUACAGACGGUCGUCAAUAGUCAAAGCCUGUGGGAUGAGAUGUUGCAGAACAAAGGCUUAACAGUAAUCGAUGUUUACCAAGCCUGGUGUGGACCUUGCAAAGCAGUGCAACCUUUAUUCAGAAAAUUGAAAAAUGAGAUCAACGAAGACGAAAUUCUGCAUUUUGUUGUUGCAGAAGCUGACAACAUUGUGACUUUGCAUUCAUUUAGGGAUAAAUGUGAACCUGUUUUUCUCUUUAGUCUUAAUGGAAAAAUUAUUGCAAAGAUUGAGGGUGCAAAUGCACCCCUUAUUAAUAGAAAAGUAACUAACUUGAUCGAUGAAGAGAAGAAGAUUGUAGCAGGGGAAAUGGUUCGCCCUCAGUAUGAUGAAAUUUUGCUCAAGGACUUAGAUUCAGAAGAGGCAGGGGAAGGACAUGAUGGUAAUGUUGAACAUUAUUGUAUUACUAUUAUCAAACCUGAUGCUGUGAUUAGUAAGAAAGUUCUGGAAAUUAAAGAAAAAAUUCUUGAGGAGGGAUUUGUCAUAGAAGCAGAGGAUGCAAGGAUGCUCACUGAAGAACAAGUGAGGGACUUCUACAGUGGAAUGGCAGACCAGCCUGACUUUGAAGAGUUCGUGUCUUUCAUGACAACUAACUUAAGCUACGUACUAGUUGUAUCUCCAGGAAUUGAAAAAACAGAUUCCUUGGGAGAAAUUCAAGCUUUGGAGACAGAACCUGACGAAUCACCUGAGGAUCUAUCCGAGGCUGAAGUUAAUGACACAUCUGAAGUGACAGAGAAGAAUAGGGACAGUUUACAAGAAUGUCUGGAACGACAACAGAUAUCUCAGUUUUGUGAUAUUGAAGAUGAUGCAACUAAUGUUGUUAAGUUCCUUGAUAUCUUCUUUCCUGAUUUUAAAUUAAUGAAAAGUAGGAACUUGGAAAGGACACUGGCCCUACUGCGACCAGAUCUCGUUCAAGAAAGGAAAGAUGAGGUUUUGCAUAUUAUUGAAGAUGAAGGCUUUAAAAUACUGAUGCAAAGGCAAAUACAAUUGUCAGAAGAAGAAGCUCAAACACUGUGUAAGGAAUAUGAAAAUGAAGACUACUAUGUCAAACUUAUAGAAUAUAUGACCAGUGGUCCAUCUCUUGCCCUUGUUUUAUUGAGAGAAAAUGGUUUGCAGUACUGGAAAAAUCUACUAGGACCAACAAAUGUUAAUGAAGCCAGUGAAUUUUAUCCAGACAGUUUAUGUGCACAGUUCGCAAUGGGCAGAUUGCCUGUCAACCAGUUAUAUGGAAGUGAUUCAAAAGAAAUUGCUGAAAGAGAAAUACAGUAUUUCUUUCCUCCUCAGAACACUUUAGCAGUGAUUAAGCCUCAUGUAACACAUGAACAAAGAGAGGAGAUCAUGAAGAUCAUUAAGGAUGCAGGAUUUGAACUGACUCAGUUGAAGGAAAUGGUCCUAAAUCAAGAAGAAGCAAACAAAAUUUACUACAAAAUAGCAACAAGAGACUUUUAUAAAGAUGUAUUGGCACUGAGUUCAGGGGGCCCAUCUUUGGUCAUGGUUCUGACAAAGUGGAAUGCUAUUGGAGACUGGAGAAGGUUGAUGGGUCCAGUAGACCCAGAGGAAGCAAGACUACUGUCCCCAGAAUCCAUUCGAGCCAAAUAUGGAAUAAAUAUUUUGAAAAAUGCUGUCCAUGGAGCAUCUAAUACCUCUGAGGCAGCAGAGAGCAUUAGUAAAAUGUUUAGAGAGAGUGUUUCUGAGGACUCAGAGGAAAACUGAAAACUGUGAGAAGAUAAUGACUAGGUUUACAUCAUCAUAUAAUUGUGUCAUGACUUCCUGGGAGGAAUAAUAAGAAAGCCAUUCUUUGGAGGAAAAUCUCAUCUCGAGAUGAAAAAAUGCAUGGUAAUGAACAAUGGCA